AUGCUCUCAAAGAGUGAAGAUUACUCAACUAUUAAAAUAUGCGAAAUGCAGGAAAUGAAGGAAGAAAUUAAAGAAUUAAAAAUUAAUCUCUCGAGUACACAAAAUGAGUUAGAGAAUACGAUAAUAGAAAACAAUGAAUACAAAAGAGAAAUAAAUAAAUUGAAAAAGGAAAUUGAGGUUCUAAAGAACAUCUGUCAAUCUCCAAUAAUUAAAGGCACAAAUGAGAUAAAUAAGGGAUUUCACGUCUCACUUACCCCCUCAAACACUUCUAAAUAUAGCCAUUCAUCACACUUUUCUCCAAUUUCUUCAAAGAAAUAUGAUAAAAAAUGUAACAACUUGAUAAUUUCCUUACAAAACAAGAUAAAAGAAUCGCAAGAACAAUUGUUGAAUGCCAAAAAAGAGAUUACCGAGCUAGAGAAUCAAAUACAAGAACUUAGUAUCAAGCUCACUACUCAAAGGCAUGAAGAACAGCUUACAUCUCGCGACAAAACUGAAAACAAUAAAAAAAAUAAUGCAUUCACCAAACAGAAUAUCUUCAUUAUGGGGACGCAACAGUGCAUUGGUCUCGCGGCAGAACUCACUAAGUCAAGAAUGAAUAGCAGAUACGAGGACUACCAAGUAACAGCGUUCAUCAAGCCAUUUGCAUCUACGGAAGAAGUCCUAAAGCUAUGUACCAGUUUAAAGGUAGACACACACGAUAAGAACAGUCAGAAUAUUUGUAAAGCUUCAUGGAAACUCAUCAAAGAUGUAACGGAAAGCGAACCCCCACAAAAUUACAUUACACAUAUGAAAUACGAAAAUAGUAUAAUAACAAAUGGGGCAAAAAUAGCUGAACUGUUUAAUGAUUACUACGUAAACCUAACUGAUGGAAGGGCCCCUUUUCCCGAAAGUUUAGGCAUUUUACGCACUGAGACGGCUCACGCCCGCGUUGCACAGGAGCCGGCGCGACAUGAACUUCGGUGA